UUUUUUUCUACUUAUUCCAUUUCCCAUUCUGUAUUUUAUUAUUUUUAUUCUUAUUUUGUCUAUUAUUUUUUUUUUAUUCGUCCACCGCUUCAACACAUCUCCGUUUCUUCCGAUUCUGCCUUGUCUUUUUUUGCAGGCGUUUAACUGCUGUAUCGCGCAGUGCCCAGGCGGUCACUCUCUCCAUUCCAUUGUUAUCCAUCGUCAUCGUUCCUCUCGUUUUAUGGCUGCUUUCCUAUUUGGUCUCUCGUUUCAUCAGCCACAGUCAUCCAUGUUUGCGGCGGUUGUGCCCGUCCAGCAGCCCUGCUGUUAACCUUCCGUGGCUUUAUAUACGCCUCUUCCCUCGCCUCUAAACUGGUGACCUAUAGAUUCAACUUGUAUAGAUCAUCUUUCUAUUACUUCUUCAUCACUUUUUUACUUCUUCUCUUGCUUGUUUACCCGAGACGAACAUUCGAACAUUCAACAAUACGCUCGCUUCACCAUGGAUUGGUCCCCGAACUCCUUCUCCCCAUCCUCACCUCGAGCCCGCGCCUGGUCCGGAAGCCAUAUGGCCUUCGAUCCCUACGCUUCCUCCGUACCAUCAGACUCUUCCCCCGUGUCCGCUCGCUACACUGAUUAUCCUCCUGUCACUGGGUUGGGCAUUGCUCAUUGUGGAUUCGAAUCAGAUCCCAAUCACUCGAGGCUCUGUCCGCCUUCCGAAACAUACACAACCCUCCCCACGACUGGCUGGUCCAUACCUUCCGCCUCCCUGCAGCAGAGACAAGAGCACAUCCUGGAGGCUGGGCAAUAUCCUUCGACAACGACGACGACAUCAUCAUACGAACCCUAUCAUGAGAUCGCAUCUCCCCUCAGCUUGUACAGUGCCCAAACACUCAGUGCCUCGCCCAGCUACAGUUCUGUCAUGGAGCGGGGAGACCAUCACAGUACCUUUUCAGGCCAGCCUUUUGGGUACUGGUCGACCACACCCCGCUCCGACAUCACUACGCCACCAGAGACUUUCAUCAAAGACGAGCCGCUUGAAUACUGGAGUCCACCUGUGAUUCCUGAGGAUAGGAAUCCAUUCGAAGCAUCGACAAUGAUGAUGAUGAUGCCCAUGCCACAGGUCGUCCUUAACGAUGGCUUUUCUGACCCACAGCUACCAGCACCCACCACCACCACCAACAACAGUCAGCGGCCAUUCGAUAAACAAGACCACCAGGUCGAAAUUAAACAGGAAUCUCGAAAUACCCCCGAGACCCCCAAUACUGAACGACAGCCGACACUAUCAGCCUCAAGCACCGACAGAGACGACACCAAGUCCCCUCCGGUAUUGAAGCCACGCAUGACCAGCGUUCGCGCUACAAGCGGCCUUCAGUGCUCCAUUUGCGGGGCUUGGUUUACCCGGCGCUCCAACCGUCGCGAGCACGAGAAGAGACACGACCCAAGUCGCAAGAGUGUCUAUCAGUGUGAGUUGUGUGGUCGAACCUUCGGAAGGAAGACGGAUCGGAAGCGGCAUAUAGAGAGCAUUCACCAAGGACUACGAAAAUUCGGUUGUGACCAGUGUGGUCGUCGUUUCACGAGACACGACACGCUGUCCAGACACAGAACCGAUGGAUGCAGCCGGAAAGGCCCCAAACCCUCCAAAUGAAUUCUUGGAAGCUAGACAGACUUGGACCGGAACCCUCGUCCGCGGCCGCGGCCGAGAGAAUCAAAUGCCGAAUCUCACUAAUCGGGGGAUGUUCUUUUGAUGACUUGGUAUGACUAUCCGGGAGAGUCGAAAAAAUUCCGCAAAUGAAUAUAGUAACGACCUACAUUGUGACGGG